GGAAUAUAUUAAAUAAAGAAGGGGGUGUGUUUAUGUGUUUUGUUCUAUAAAUUGCUGAUGAGAAUAUACAAAGUCAAGUUGUUACAACUUAACAAGGGCCGGCAAGCUCUCGCUAUCAGUAUCAGUGUGUGUUGCUCGUGGUGGGUUCUGUAGCUUUUGGUUUAUUUGAGACUUGGGAACGCUUGAUUCUCUAUUUUUUAGUGUUUGUGGAUAUUGCUCUCGCUUCUUCUUUCUCUUUUGAGUCUUUUGGUUCCUGCAAAGAGUGAUUGGAGAAAGUAAAGACCAUGGGUUGGAUUCCAUGUUCUGGUAAUUCCAACAGUAGAGCAAAGAAGAACAAGAAGAAAAGAAAGAAUUCCAUAGAGCUGGAGGAGAGGCCAUUUGACCAGAUCAAACCCACUUCAGAAUAUUCAAAGACCAAUUCCUCUUUGAGUGUCAAAGAGUCUUCGAAAGAUGGGGAACACAUAUCAGCACAGACUUUUGUGUUCCGCGAUUUGGCAGCUGCAACUAGAAAUUUUAGAACAGAAUGUCUUCUGGGGGAGGGAGGCUUUGGUCGAGUAUAUAAAGGACAUCUGGAAUGUAUAAAUCAGGUAGUAGCUAUCAAACAACUUGAUCGUAAUGGGUUGCAAGGGAACAGGGAAUUUCUUGUCGAAGUGUUGAUGUUAAGUCUGCUUCACCACCCUAACCUCGUUAAUCUUCUUGGUUAUUGUGCUGAUGGAGAUCAGAGGCUACUUGUUUAUGAGUACAUGCCCUUAGGAUCUUUGGAGGAUCAUUUACAUGAUAUGUCGCCUGGUAAGAGAAGACUUGAUUGGAAUACAAGAAUGAAAAUAGCUGCUGGGUCUGCAAAGGGACUGGAGUAUUUACACGACAAAGCAAGUCCUCCUGUAAUAUACAGAGAUUUGAAAUGUUCCAACAUAUUGCUUAAUGAAGGGUAUCAUCCCAAACUGUCUGAUUUUGGCUUAGCCAAGCUUGGACCUGUUGGGGACAACACCCACGUUUCUACAAGGGUUAUGGGCACCUACGGAUAUUGUGCUCCGGAGUAUGCAAUGACAGGCCAAUUGACUCUUAAAUCAGAUGUUUAUAGCUUUGGGGUAGUACUUUUGGAAAUCAUUACCGGAAGAAAGGCAAUUGACAAUUCUAGAGCAACAGGAGAGCAGAACUUGGUUGCAUGGGUAAGAAAUCUUGUUUGGUUUUCAUGAGCUUUUUUAUAGUUGUUGAAGUCUUGUUAAGUUGACUAUUCUUUCUUCAAAAGCUGAAGUUCUUGGGUCAUGCUGAUCAUGGAAUUGAGAUGUUAUUUUGACAUUUAACAAAUGAUAUGACUUCUUGUAUUCAGGCAAGACCUUUGUUUAAGGACCGAAAGAAAUUUUCACAAAUGGCAGACCCUGCGCUACAAGGUCAGUA